UAUAUAUUGUUUACUCAUUAUAGACGAAAUGGGCUAGUAAAAGCCCAUAUGCAAAAUUAUAUCCAAGAUCAGACAGGCCCAAAAUUAAAGUCACUGACUACUCUAUUGACAUUCACCGACGAUUAGCCCCGCCCUUGAACUGAGAUACGAAUUUUCAGUGUUUACAGGGAAAAUUCAGCGCGGGUGCGUGUUCGUUGUUAGUUACAGUUGGUUAGCUUCCUGUGUGUUGUUAUUUUCGACUUCGGAAUCCAAACUGAAAACUCCGACGAUGUCACGGCGAGGAAUCGACGGCGACGGCGACGGCGACGGCGACGGCGAGGAGUUGACGGCACAGGAGACUGCUCUGUAUGACCGUCAGAUUAGGGUUUGGGGAGCAGACGCUCAAAGAAGAUUAAGCAAAGCUCAUGUACUAGUCUAUGGAAUGAAAGGAACUGCAGCUGAGUUUUGCAAGAAUAUUGUUCUGGCUGGAGUAGGUAGUCUGACGUUAAUAGAUGAUCGGGUGGCGAGUGAGGAAGUGUUUUCCUCGAACUUUCUUAUUCCUCCGGAUGAGAAUGUGUAUGGAGGAAAGACCCUUGCUGAGCUUUGCUGUGAUUCACUUAAAGACUUCAAUCCUAUGGUUCGCGUUUCUGUGGCAAAAGGUGACUUGUCAAGUUUCGAUGUAGAAUUCUUCAGCAAGUUUGAUGUGGUUGUCAUCAGUUGUUGCUCACUAUCUGCCAAAAAACUGGCUAAUGAGAAAUGCCGGAAGCUAUCAAAACGUAUAGCCUUCUAUACUGUUGACUGUAGGGAUUCUUGUGGUGAAAUUUUUGUUGAUCUGCUGGACUAUAGAUAUUCUAAGAAAAAACAAGACGAAACUAUUGAAUGCCACCUACAGUAUCCAACUUUUGAGGAAGCAAUAUCGGUUCCUUGGAGGGCACUUCACAGGAGAAUGUCAAAGCUGUACUUUGCAAUGAGAGUAAUAGAAAAGUUUGAAGAGGCUGAAGGGCGUAACGCAGGAGAAGUUUCAAUUGCAGAUCUUUCUGGUGUUCUCAAGCUGAAAAAGGAGCUUUGUACUGCACAAUCUCUCAAUGAAUCUCAUGUUCCUGAUACUCUACUAGAAAGAUUGGUAGCAAAUACAAAAGAAUUUCCUCCAGUUUGUGCUAUCAUCGGGGGAAUGCUUGGACAGGAGGUUAUCAAAGCAAUUUCUGGUAAAGGAGACCCCAUAAAAAACUUUUUCUUUUUUGAUGCCUUUGAUGGGAAGGGCAUUAUCGAAGACAUAUCAGAUUCAAAUGCUGGAAAGUGAAUGACAUCUCUGGUUAACUGUUUUCUUGUCCAAGCACCGGAAUCCAAAGUGGGAAACUGCGCAGAAAACUACUGAAUUUCAAAAGAUCUCUAAGAAGAAACAGAGCACUUUAAGUGGACAAUCUUUUGCAUGAACUGCUCAGUUAUAAUGUCUUAGUUGCUAAUUUAUGUAGGCUAUUAACAAUUUAGGGCUAGCAUUGUCUUGGAAUGUAGCAAAUUAAAUGUAUGUAUGCUUUGGACCAUGGAUUAUCUUCUGUUAUCAAGCGUAUGUCUUGGAACUUAUGAAGCCUCAUCAUGGUUCAGAAAUCUACUCUGUAUAUUAUUAAUAAGAGUACUCACUAUGGAGAGUGAGGUUCUCAGCCU